ACUCUCGGAAGCGCGCUCACACACUGUCAUCAGUCCUCUGCCACUCGUCCCCUCUCUCCCUCUCUCCCUCUCUCAUUCGAAACAUUCUUUUCUCUCUGUUUCAUUCCUUCGUUCCUAAGCAAGAAUCGCCGAAAAUGUCUCGUCGCGGUGGUGGUCGGCGACAGGAUUCUCGCCGCGAUCAGCCCCCACCCUCUUCCCCUUCCCCGGCAAUUCACCGCGGUGGCGGCGCCGCUGGUCGUGGACGAGGUCGCGGAGGUCCAGCGCCGGUGACCCCGCAGCCGCCGCCUGCUCGGCCAGCGGCCGUUGCACCCACUCCGCCUCCUGCUCGGCCAGCGGCCGCUGCACCAACUCCGCCUCCUGCUCGGCCAGCGGUCGCUGCACCAACUCCGCCGCCUGCUCGGCCAGCGGUCUCUGCACCAACUCCGCCGGCUCCUCAGGCCUUGGCGACUCCAUCGGAGGCUUCUGCUUCUUUGAGCCGCGAACUUGAGCAGCGAGUUACAUUGCGGGAGAGACCGUUGCCGGCUUCAUCGAAGGCGGUGAGGCCUCCGGCGAGGCCUGGUUUUGGCAAGUUAGGGAGGAAAUGCGUCGUGCGUGCUAAUCAUUUUCUGGUGAAUGUCGCUGAUCGCGAUCUCUGCCAUUACGACGUGUCCAUUACUCCAGACGUGCCAGCGAAGAAAGUAAACAGGGAUGUAAUGAGUCAGCUUGUUCAAUUGUAUCGAGACUCGCACUUGGGUAAAAGGAUUCCAGCUUAUGAUGGCAGGAAGAGUCUUUACACUGCUGGGCAAUUGCCAUUUGAAUCGAAAGAAUUUGUUGUUAAGUUGGCCGAAAAUGAUGGACGGGCCGGGAGUUCUAGUUCUAGUUCUAGGAGAGGGGAGCGUGAAUUCAAGGUCACCAUCAAAUUUGCAUCAAAGCCUGACCUGCAUCAUCUGCAACAGUUUCUUCAGAGAAGACAAGCAGAUUGUCCGCAGGAGACAAUUCAAGUUCUUGAUGUGGUCCUCAGAGGCAAACCAUCAGAACUCUAUACUCCUGUGGGGAGGUCAUUUUUUCAUCCUACAUUGGGUCCCACUGGUGAGCUUGGUAAUGGUGUAGAAUAUUGGAAUGGGUAUUACCAAAGUCUUCGGCCAACCCAAAUGGGCCUUUCUCUGAAUAUCAAUGUCUCCGCUAGGGCCUUUUAUGAACCAAUUCAGGUCACUGAAUUUCUGAAGAAAAAUUUCAAUUUGAGAGAUCCACGAAAUCCUUUUUCUGAACAUGAACGUAUCAAGGUGAAAAAGGCAUUGACAGGGAUCAAUGUAGAAACCAACCACUUGCCACAUGUGAAAAGAUACAAGAUCAGUGGGCUAUCCAUGGAGCCAUUAAACAGAGUAAUGUUUACUCGUGAUGACAACAGAACACAGUCUGUUGCUCAAUAUUUUCGUGAAACAUACAAUUUCCAACUCAACUAUGCGGCUUGGCCUGCCAUCCAAGUUGGAAGUUCAACAAGGCCCAUCUUCCUCCCUUUGGAGGUUUGCAAAAUUGUUCAGGGACAGCGAUAUUCAAAGAAAUUAAAUGAGAACCAAGUAUCCAACCUCCUUCGAGCAAACUGCCAACGCCCUUUGGAGAGGGAAGAAACCAUAAAGAGGACUGUUAGGCACAACAAUUACAGUGGUGAUGGUCGUGUUAAAGAAUUUGGCAUGCAAGUAAGAUUGGAAAUGGCAGAGGUUGAGGCCCGAAUUUUGCCACCUCCAACGCUUUUAUAUCAUGGCACCGGAAGGAAUUCAACAGAGAAUCCAAGGAUGGGACAAUGGAACAUGAUUGAUAAGAAAAUGGUGAAUGGGGGUAGAGUGGACUCGUGGGCUUGUGUAAACUUCUCGCGGUGGGACUCAAACAUGCUGCAUCGCUUUUGUGAGGGAUUGGUAUCAAUGUGUACGGCGAAAGGAAUGGCUUUCCAAACCAGGCCUGUAAUGCCCAUUUAUUCAGCAUCUCCUUUUCAAAUUGAGAGGGCUCUGCUUCAUGUUCAUGAGCAAAGUAAGAAGGCACUUCAGCUGUUAAUAGUUAUCCUACCUGAAGCUAGUGGCUCUUAUGGAAGGAUUAAGCGAGUUUGUGAAACGGAGCUUGGAAUUGUCUCUCAAUGCUGCAAUCCGAAAGCAGCAGGAAACCCUAAGAGGCUGCAGCAGUACUUGGAGAAUGUAGCCCUCAAGAUUAAUGUGAAGGUUGGUGGUCGAAACACUGUAUUGGAUGAUGCUAUUCAGAGGAGACUCCCCUUGGUGAGUGAUAGACCUACUAUUAUCUUUGGUGCUGAUGUGACUCAUCCACAACCAGGAGAGGACUCUACUCCUUCGAUAGCAGCAGUGGUUGCUUCAAUGGAUUGGCCGGAAGUUACCAAAUACAGAGGACUGGUCUCUGCCCAAUAUCAUCGUGAGGAGAUAAUUCAAGAUCUGUAUAAACAAGUUCCGAGUCAUGGAGGAAUGAUUAGGGAACAUCUGAUUGCAUUUUAUAAAUCAACUGGGCAAAAACCUCAUAGAAUUAUAUUCUACAGAGAUGGUGUCAGUGAAGGCCAGUUCAGUCAAGUUCUUCUCUAUGAGAUAGAUGCCAUAAGAAAGGCCUGUCAAUCUCUUCAGGAGGGAUAUUUACCCCGUAUCACGUUUGUUGUUGUCCAGAAAAGGCACCAUACGCGCCUUUUCCCGACCGACUACAGAAGCCGUGAUAAUACGGACAGGAGUGGCAAUAUAGCCCCAGGAACCGUUGUGGACACUCAUAUUUGCCAUCCCACUGAAUUUGAUUUCUAUCUUAAUAGUCAUGCUGGAAUUCAGGGAACCAGCAGGCCUACACAUUAUCACGUCUUACACGACGAAAACAGUUUUAGCGCAGAUGCCUUGCAAGUUCUUACCAACAACUUGUGUUACACGUUUGCUAGAUGCACCAGAUCAGUCUCGAUAGUGCCGCCUGCUUACUAUGCACAUCUUAUCGCAUUUCGUGCUCGAUACUAUAUGGAGAGUGAAAGUUCUGAUGCGGCUUCUUCAAGUGGUGGAACUCGGGGUGGUGCGGGCGUGGUCCGACCACUUCCCGUGAUAAAGGACAACGUCAAAGAUGUCAUGUUUUAUUGUUGAGCGAACCUCAACAGUUGGUGGAUAUUUUUGAAAGAAACUUUGCUGUCCCUCUUUUGUUUUAAGAUUUGGUAACACUGGACAAAAAUGUAAAUGCUGAAACAGCCUUUUGGUAUACCUGUUUAAAGCAUAUUCUGGUACAGGAUUUACAGGUCGAACUCUGCUGCAAGUGCAGUGAUGAAACAGCUAUUUUGGUACUCAUGAAAUGUUAUUAUGCUCAUAGGUUUAACACCACUAGAAGUGGAAUGAAGAAACAGCUUUUUGGUGCUUA